GAAAAGAAAGGGGGGAGUCCCUUCUUGCCUCCUCUCUCCUUCCCCCGCUCGGCUCUCGCAGCCGCGCUGCCCUGCGGCUCCUCGGGCGCGGGGGCCGCGCUGGCCCCGUCCCGGCCGCGGGCUGCACUUGUGGCUGCCUCGCCCGCCCAUGGCAGCCCCGCGGCUCCCGGCGCGGCCCCGCCGCUCCCGCCGCCCCGGGGGGCUCCUCCCGCCCCGCACGCCCCGCCUGGGCUCCGCGGGGGCGCAGCGCGACGGCUCCCCGGGAAAGGUACCGGCGGCACGGCGCCUCGGGGCUGCGGAGAGGCUCCGGCCGUGGCGAUGCGCCGGGAUUGCUCGCCCGGAGCGGCGUCUCCCUCCCCGCCGGAGCAGCGCUCGAUUCUUUAUCUUUGUUCAGGAGCCUAAGGUUGUUUGCUGAUCAUAAGAAGAUGAUUCUGUGGCUCUUUCUGGUUCUGUCAUCUCCAGUUUCUUCUACAACUACAGAUGCUGAUAUAUCUGUGGAAAUUUGCAAUGUUUGCUCCUGUGUGUCAGUUGAGAAUGUACUCUAUGUCAACUGUGAGAAGGUUGCAGUCUACAGACCAAAUCAGCUUAAACCACCAUGGUCUAAUUUUUACCACCUCAACUUUCAAAACAACCUGCUAAUUAUUCUAUAUCCAAAUUCCUUUCUUAAUUUUACACAUGCAGUGUCCUUGCAACUGGGUAAUAAUAAGUUACAGAACAUUGAGGGAGGGGCCUUUAUGGGUCUUAGUGCAUUAAAACAGUUGCACUUGAACAACAAUGAAUUAAAGAUUCUCCGGGCUGACACUUUCCUUGGCAUAGAGAACUUGGAGUAUCUCCAAGCUGACUACAAUUUAAUCAAGUUUAUUGAACGGGGAGCCUUCAAUAAGCUUCACAAGCUGAAAGUCCUGAUACUUAAUGACAAUCUGAUUUCAUUCCUUCCCGAUAAUAUUUUUCGAUUUGCUUCUCUAACCCAUCUGGAUAUACGGGGCAAUCGAAUACAGAAGCUUCCAUACAUUGGAGUUCUGGAACACAUCGGGCGAAUUGUUGAAUUGCAGCUGGAAGACAACCCCUGGAAUUGUACGUGUGAUUUGUUGCCUUUGAAAGCGUGGCUGGAGAACAUGCCCUAUAACAUCUACAUUGGAGAGGCUAUCUGUGAAACACCCAGUGACUUGUACGGAAGGCUGCUGAAAGAAACCAAUAAGCAGGAGCUGUGCUCCAUGGGGACAGGGAGUGAUUUUGACGUGCGCAUCCUGCCUCCCUCGCAGCUGGAGCCCGGUUACAGCACGCCCAACGGCCACACCACUCAAACAUCAGUGCACAGAUUAGUCACAAAGCCACCAAAGACUACAAAUCCUUCGAAGAUCUCGGGGAUAGUAGCAGGCAAAGCACUGUCCACUCGCAAUCUCAGUCAAAUCAUAUCUUACCAGACCAGGGUGCCUCCUUUAACUCCUUGUCCGGUCCCUUGUGUUUGCAAAACUCAUCCUUCAGACUUGGGAUUAAGCGUAAAUUGCCAAGAAAGAAAUAUAGAAUCAAUGGCUGAACUCGUACCAAAACCUUUAAAUGCCAAGAAACUGCAUGUAAAUGGCAAUUAUAUUAAGGAUGUGGAUACUACAGAUUUUGCUGAGUUUGAGGGGCUGGAUUUGCUACAUUUAGGCAGCAAUCGGAUUUCAGUGAUCAAAGGAGAUGUUUUCCGCAACCUUACAAAUUUACGGAGAUUGUAUCUCAAUGGCAAUCAGAUAGAGCGUCUGAGCCCAGAAAUGUUUGCUGGCCUCCACAAUUUGCAAUAUCUGUAUUUGGAAUACAAUGUUAUCAAAGAAAUCUUAGCAGGCACCUUUGAUUUAAUGCCAAAUUUGCAGUUGCUCUACCUGAACAACAAUCUUCUGCGAAGCUUGCCGGCGUAUAUUUUUGCUGGUGCACCACUUGCUAGACUGAAUCUGAGGAACAAUCACUUCAUGUAUUUACCUGUAAGUGGUGUUCUUGAUCAGCUAAAGUCUCUUACACAAAUAGAUUUGGAAGGUAAUCCAUGGGACUGCACUUGUGAUUUAGUUGCUUUAAAACUGUGGCUUGAGAAGCUAAAUGACGGUAUUGUGGUGAAGGAAUUGAAAUGUGAGACACCUGUGCAGUUUGCUAACAUAGAACUUAAGUCUCUGAAAAAUGAGAUUCUCUGUCCUAAACUUUUAAACAAGCCAUCUGCUCUGUUCACUAGUCCCAUGCCUGCUGUUAUUUUCACAACACCCCCGGGACCAGUCCGGAGUCCUCCUGGUGGCCCAGUUCCAUUGUCCAUCCUAAUCCUAAGCAUAUUGGUUGUGCUGAUUUUAACAGUGUUUGUUGCUUUUUGUCUUCUUGUUUUUGUGCUUCGGCGCAACAAAAAACCAACCAUAAAGCAUGAAGGGAUUGGAAACCAAGAGUGCAGUUCUAUGCAACUGCAGCUAAGAAAGCACGAUCACAAGUCAAACAAAAAAGAUGGACUGGGUGCAGAGGCCUUCAUUCCUCAAACCAUUGAGCAGAUGAGCAAAAGUCAUACAUGUGGCUUGAAAGAGUCUGAAACAGGCUUCACGUUUGCUGACCCACCAGGGCAAAAAGUCAUUCUGAGAAAUGUGAAUGACAAGGAGAAAGAUUUAUUGCAUGUGGAUUCCAGAAAAAGACUUAGCACAAUCGAUGAACUGGAUGAGUUAUUCCCUGGAAGGGAUUCCAAUGUAUUUAUUCAAAAUUUUCUUGAAAGUAAAAAGGAAUACAACAGCAUAGGGGUCAGUGGCUUUGAAAUACGUUACCCAGAGAAACUGCAAGACAAAAAAGCCAAGAAAUCUCUAAUAGGUGGUAAUCAUAGUAAAAUUGUAGUAGAACAAAGAAAAAGUGAAUAUUUUGAACUAAAAGCUAAACUUCAAGGUUCACCAGACUACCUACAAGUCCUUGAAGAACAAACAGCUUUGAAUAAAAUAUAGGUCAUACAAUCUUAUUGCCUACAGAGGACAUUUAUUUAAUGAUGAAAGUGCCUUUUGUUGACUUUUAACUUCCAAAUACUAUAUUAUAUUGAUAGGCAUAGAGGCAGGUGUAUCCAAGGGUGUCUGAUUAACUGUAGCUGUGUAUGAUUUGUCAAGUAGAGGAGAAUUUCCUUAAUAGAUUUUACUCCAUAAAGCUCAUGCCCUGUGGAAUCCUGUAGGGAUACUGCAAACUCUAUUGCCAAAGGGAUGCUUUAUACACGUUACACUGAAUUUAACCUCAAGAGGCAUAUAUGUUUUGUAUCUUAAAUGCAAACCAUCGUCUCCUUGUGAUUUGUCAGAACAAACACAAGAAACCUGGUACUGAUAUUUGUACUUCAGCUGGGUCCUUCAUCCUGCACGUGGAUUUAAGUUGGUGGAACUGGAGUAAUCCUUUGAUUUGUGGUGUUCUAAUGGCACUGUUUAAAGCUUAUCUGGAAAGUAACAAGCAUGCAAAGAGAGAACAUUCAAUAGUAUGUGUAAAUUGGUUACAUUUAUGGGCUGCAUCUUGAAACCACUGGAAUUAUAAUGUUAAAUUUUGUUUAAAAUAUACCAUGCAUUACAUACCUAUGAAAUAAAUCUGACCACUUGAAGCAUAAAUGUCUAUACAGAAAAUUUUAAAAGAAAGAAAGAAAGAAAGAAAGAAAGAAAAUAGUUCAACCUGACUUCUGCAGUAUUCGUGACAUCUGAAGAAAAUAUUUGAUAUUUAUGCAGAAUCUGUUCUAAGACUCAUCUCCAAUUAAUACUAGAGUUCCUUCUCAGUUACGUGAAACUCUUGCAACCCAAACAGGUUGUCCAAAAUUGUCAAAGUGCUUACUGUGUGAGCGUAGCAGAAAUUAUUUUUGUAAUAUAAUUCAUAUUUAUGAAAUACUUUGUAUACUACAUAGGAAAAAAUAUGUACUCCUUAAUAUGUAUUUAAUAUGCCUGACUUGUUUUCCUGAUCACAAUGCAUUAAUCAUUCAGUAUAAAUAAAACCAGAACAAUAUACCAAACAGCAACCGGGGAUGUAAUGUAUAGCAUCAUCCAGAAUUAAGUGAUCAGAUAUAAUAAUGAUAAUAAUGAUAAUAAUAAUAAUAAAAUUGUUCUGUACUAUUCUCGUGAGAUUAGCAUAUUACCUUAUUUCAGAUCUGUUACCAAUGGUGCAUUUUAAAAUAGAUUGAUUAGUUUUUUAGUAUUGUGUCCCAGGUUGUUACUUGCCAUCAGUUUUCUUGCUUUUCAGGUCUCUACAGCUUAAUCUGAAUACUUUUCACAAGCAUUUACAGGAAUUCAUGCUAAGGGGAAUAUUUUUAUUGUACAUGCAGAAGUUUUCUGUUCUUAUAUCUCUGGCUAGUUUUAGUCAGCAAAACCUGAUCAGAACAGUGAACAAUAUGGCAAAUCCUGUUCAAAACCACAGUGCAAAAUGGGUGUAGUGGUCUCAGUUCAGAGGACUGCGUAGCUCAUAACUAGAGAGCAAAAGCUUGCUUUUGUGAAAGCUGAAUCUGAAUAGCCAGGAAAAAAGGAAAAAAGGUAGGAGAAUGGAAAAUCCCCAUUGUAUCUCACUGAUAGAUGGUACUUUGACAUAAGAAUGGAGAUAUAUUGGUGAAGCAUCCUAGAGAAAAUCUAUGUGAUGAGAUUAACAAAAUUUCUUUGACUCGAUGAGCUUUGGAUAAGAACCUCUUUAUCUCCUUUGAUUUCAGAAACUUUACCCCUCCUUACCUUUUAUAAUCAAUACAUUAGUCAAUUAAGACAGUAGGAUAUAAACAUGAGCAUUUUUCAUGAAUUUGAAGCUAGCAAAAAUUGGAGCAAGACUCAAUAAUAAUACUUUGGAGAAGGCAGUGUCAGCUAUUUCCAAUAUAAACCUCGAAUUUCAGGGCUUUGUGACACUGAGCUGAAAUUUUUAUUCUGGAAUGAUACUUGGCAAACAGCCUGCAGUAUAUUUUUAUCAAAAUAGACCAAAAAUAAUAAAAAAAAGAACUGCUUCUUUAUUUAAGAGAAAGCAAACAAAGCAUUUCUCUACUUUCAGACAUUUGUUUAUGCUCUUUUGGCUUAGAAAGAAGGUGGUUUUAUUAUUUUUCUCCAUACUGCAUAGUAUAUACAUGACUUCAGAUAAUAAAAUUGCGAGAGAUGAAUUAAUGGCGGAGUUUCUUUCAAAAAGCUGCAUCUAUCCAUGCACAAUAAUUUACUUAAUUCAGAAUGUCAUGGGGAUUUUGAGGACAUGGAUACUGGGUACACAUGCAGUUCUAGCAUAAAAAGCUCCUGGUUGACCAGUGAUGCAAUGCAUGGCUGAGGUCUGGAUGAGAACAUGUGAGUUUAUUUGUUGUCUGUGGAUUAAGUCCAUGAUGCACUGACCAGGACUCUGCUGGCUCCUUCGGUAGGCUGAGGGUGACAGGUCCCUGGUCUGCUCUGCACAGAGCUGUGUGGCCUCGAGGAUGGGUCCAAGUUCACUGGGCUUUGCCAAAGCAGAAGAUGUCUGACACACUCAGGGCAUUGUCACUGGCAUGCUCUGUAUGAUCCUCCUGAGAGCAAUGUGCUGAAAAUAUUAAAAACUGCAAGUAAGGAAAUGCUUCUAAGUGAUAGUAAAACUCAUGUGCUUAUGACUUGUGCUGCCCUGAGUCAGAAGAACAGAGGUGAAUGAUCAUACCUUCCUAAGCUAAAAAAAAGAGGGGUUUUUUUGUUUCAUUUUGUGUUCUGAGGUUUUCUGGGGGUGUUCUUUCUAGGUUUUUGUUUUGGUUUGGUUUGGUUUUCUUAAUUUGUUUGAGGUUUGUUUUUUUUUUUUGUUUGUUUUUGGAGUGGUGUCUUCUGUUUGCUGAUCAAAAUAACUGAACUGUUAUGCUGUACCAUUACACUGGGUCAGAGUUUUCUGAUCACUGAGGCCCCAAUUCCAGUAAAGCAUUUCACUUCAACCUAAAUCAUGCGCAGAGGUACUAUUCAUAAGAUAAUAAUUAGAUACCUGCCCAAGAGUAGGGCUUAGCUAGAGUUUUGUCAUUGACUUCACAACAAGCCAGCUCAGAACCAUUGUAUAUAAUCCAUAGAGCCCAGAGACUCGUCUGGGGUUAUGCAGUUGAGUGUAGGUUCACCAGCAUCAGUAAAGGUUGCACAAUCUGGACCUUCCUGUAGAAAUUGUCCCUAAGUGUUUUACAAUGUAUGGUGCAAUAUGUAGGCAUAAUAGUGUGAGUGAAGAAUGCAGAAGCUGGCAAAAACACUAUUUUUCUGUGAAAUUGUUACUUUGAAUGGCAACCUUUGUGUCAGUUUAUUUUCUCCAUGUUUUGAAACGGUGUAUGUGUCUGCACAGCAGUUUUAGUGUGAUGUCCAUUCAAAUCUCUGGUCAGUCUUUCUGAGAAGGUGACUCUUGGGUGUGGCUUAACGGGUCUGUCUGUUCAUUAUAUUGAUUUGAGUGGCCAUGCUUGUAAAAUGGCUGUUAAGACCCAUAGACAUAAACUAAAUCAGUGAAGGUGUUGGCAUAAUCUGUUGUCUCCAUUGUAUUAUAAAGAAGUUUCCAUUUUUAAAUGAAAUCAAUAAAGUGUAAUCAUUUCCUUGAAAAAGAAAAAAAAUUGUGCAAUUUUAUCAGAAAGCAAAUACCGCGGUGCAAGAACACAAGAACAGGUGAUUUAUGUUUUGCAUUUAGUGUUCAAGAUUGACAAUAAUGCAACAAUCUAGUAUAAAUAUAUUUUUAAAUGCUUUUUUUUUAAAGCCAUAAUGAUGAUAUAAAUUAUAAAGGCAUGGCCUUGUGAAUAAUGUUAACAAAUGUUUCAGAAUCAAGAAAAAAACAUCCAGAACUUGAUGGUGGUAUAAUAUCUAUAAUAUCUUUUGCAUGAUUUGUAUGUUGAUAUUGUAUGAAAUGAGCACAGUGAGACUUUUUUUUUUGGUUGCAUCCAAAGAGUUAGGAAGGAAAUAUAACAAGAAUGUAUUUAUAAUCACUCUAUUUUGAAAUAAAGUAAAGAAAACAAAAUGUAUUGGCUUUACCCUGUUUUGAUCAUUACUAUUUUAGGUUAGUUUAUAAUUUAGGCAGUUACUUACGACAUCCAGUCCAAUGUAAACCACAGAAACCUAUUGUUUAACAAUUUUGUUUACCUUCAUCAAUAUCAAAAUACUAGUCAGUGUUGACUUCAAAAUUUGUACGAAAUAUUAAUAAAAUUGUUUGGUACUAUUGUAUUUCUGAAACUAGACUUUGUUAAGUGCCUGUGAUAUUCUCUUUUGGAUUAUUUGUAUAUGGAUGAGAGAGAAUCUGUAAAGCAGUUAUGCAGUAAUGUUUUCUAACCACAUCAACAAUUUUGUCUAUUUUAGAAAGUUUUUCUUAUUUUCUGUUGUCCAACAAAAUCUUCCUUUCCCCUGUUAUGCAAAUAAUCCCUCCAAAUUCAGUGGGUUUUUUUUCCAUUACUACCACAAGCAGAAUUCAGUUUUCAGUUGGAUUCUCAGUUCUUCAACCCAGAAGUGCUUAGAGGAACAAUUACAUAAUGUUAGGGGCAUUUGCUUUGCUCUCUUUUGCUCUCUUCUUAUUAGUAAUUUUCAAUAACAAUUUUUCAGAGGAAAGAAAAGUUAAUUUGUCCUUAUUAGAAGUAAAACCACCAAUCCAUCUACCAUUUCAUUUGGUUAGGUUAGUUUUAUAACUGAAAGUUGAAAAGACAUCUUUAGGUAGUUUAACUUCCAAAUUUAUAUUUUGUAGUUAAAAUGGUUUACAAAGCCUCAUAAAAAUCUUCAUGUCAAGGGAGAAGAGCAGGAACAGAAUUGCAUUUAGAUUAAACAUUCCCUGUUGUGCAGGGUUUAACAUGCAUUAUAAUGGCAGUGAAAGUGAAUCAGAAUGGGAUAUGGAGUGGAAAAUCGGACUUGAUACAGACUUUUUUCACUUCUAGUUGAAGUAUAACAUUAGGAACAAAACCACAGCAUUAGCUGAGAAAGGCCUACAUAUAAUAUUCCAUAUAAUUCCUUUCUAAAGGAAAACUCGAGAAUCAAGAAUUAAUUAUUUAUGUUUUGAUAAUGAGUGUGCACUGCUUUCCUGAAUGCAGAGGAACUUGAGAGUUUUCUGUUAAUAUGUUUUGUCAUUAUUAGUUUUUAUUUCCAAUUUCACUUUAUUCAUCCUUAUGCAUUAUGGUUGAUGCUGUGUUGGAAAACAAAAAGAAGAAUAUUGUUGCUCAGGGACAAACUCUUCUCAAACAUUUACCAAUGUAGUGAAAAAAAAGCAGAAAGUACAAGAUCUAUCCAUCACUGAAAUAAAAAUAAGUAGUUUUUUACUUGAAAUGUAAUAUAAUCUUGCUUUAUACUCUGUUGAUUUGUGUGGCAAAGCUGUUACUAUUUUCAAACGACUGUAGGGAGAGACACACCAAGUGUGUCUGUUUGAUAUCAGUGGAACUCUACAGUGAUUCAAGAGCUGUGGGCAUCCCAGAGCUGUACUAUGGGUACAAAACUAUAUAAAUUUCCUGGUUUAUACAUACACUUGGGGUAGAUCUCACAUAAAAUACAAACACUUUCUUAACAAUACAAUUUACUUUCUCACUGUAAUGGAGCAAAGUUACUCCACUCUUGUUUUUCAUUAAGUAGGGAGUUUAUUGCAAAUAUCUUUGUUUUAUUGUUAAUUUUAUUUGUAUUCACUAGCAAUAGUUGAGAUAAUUAAUUCAUUGUCUGAAAGCAGUACAUUUCAGUCUGUUAUUUUUAAAAUACUGGUCACUGGUAACAGACAGAUACUGAGUUAUAUUGAAUUUCCAUUCCCUAAGUAGUAAUUCCAUAGACAGUUCCUCAAAAGCACAAAUAAAGAUCAGAUUUUAAAAAAAGUCCUAGCUGGUACUAAAUCUGAAUUUUUUGUAUGCAUGUAUGUCACUAUACACAGUGUAGUACAACUCUAAUGGGUAACAAAUGGUACCUCACUUCUUUUUGGUCUUUGUUUAACCAGAAAACAGAAUGUGAUCUCUGAAUGGUUUAGUCAUCAUUUUGUAACACUAGAGUAACAAAGAAUAUUCCUAAGUUUCCCUCAUCCAUGAGGAUUUCAUUUCUUGGUUUAAUUUAAUGUAAUUGCCUGGAAAUGUGUGCACUAUGACCUUCCAGAGCAUCCUCCCACUCCAUGCUCUCAUUUCACCUUCAGUGAGCCAGUCCUUUACAGCUGAAGGUUCUUCUAGGCUUGGGUUGAUGGCAGUUUCCAAAGAGGCAGAAGAGUGGGAUUUGUCAGUUCCUAGAAAACAGCUAAAAAAGGCAAACUAAGAGCCUGUCCUGGAUGGUUUCUGAGUCACGUCAGAUGGUGUAUGAUCCAAAACAGAAAUGUAGGAAAUGGUUUAAGCUUCUGUUGGGAAGUUUUGUGCUGAGCUUUUGAAGCUGGGCAAUUGUGGCUUUCCAUGACUGUAAGUUGUGCAGUAUAAAGGAAAUGUGGUUCAGUCAAUUGAAUCCUGACAGACUGUGGUAAAUCCUGCAGACAUCUGUACCCACUUACCUGAGCCAGGCUUUGGUGUCGCUUUUCACUGAAAGCUCUUGCACAAAUUACUCAGGUUAAACCAGCUGUGAUACAGAUUUCUCAGGCAUGCUUUUAGCCAGGAUGUGGAUGCAUUUUUGUGCACGCUGGGAGCUGUUUGGGUGUGGGGGUCAGUCUGUGCCCAAUGUUUGCUGAGCAGUGGCUUUGGCAGGGGCUCUCUUCAUGUGCUACAUUAGUGCUCACAUCUGAAUAUGAGACACUGUACGGGAUGUACAUCUCAAUGGGCAGAGUCACAAAGGGCAAUGUGUUUUGACAGAUUUUGAGCUCUUCACUGCAAGAAACUGCAGGAAAGGAUAUACCAUACAGCAGAUUUUCUUGCUCCCUGGCAAGAUUUCCUAGACCCUGUGAGUCCUUCUCAGCAGGGUAUUCUUGUCUAUACUCUGCAAAUAAGGCUCCAGGUCAGCAGUCUCGUGUAUGUGCAGUCUGUGUUUGCUUAUACCCAAAAAUAGUUUCGUGGAGAACGGUAGGAGAAUAACUUCCUCCUUUUUUUUCUUAUCUUUCCUUUUUUUUUUUUUUUCCCAGUAAAGUAAAAUGGACUGAAUUUCAAAUUUUCCAGAUUGAAAAAAAAAACUACAGGUAUUUUAAAGAAUUGUCACAUUGUUGGUUAAUAUCAGUACUAUUAAAUUAUUUUUCUAAGAGAGAGAAAGAAAGCAGUUGUGUUUAUAUUUUUGGCAUGCAGCUUUUCAUCUUCCAUUCCUGGGUUAGAAUAUGCCCCUGGGUGCCAAGGGACUUACAUGAGCAGCUCAGGGCACAAUUUAGUUGCAAAGAUUCAUCCUCAAUGUCUGCCUUUUGUGUGGUAGGAAUGAAAUGCAAGGUUUUGAAUGUUCCCUCUCUGUUUGCUUUAAUGGAAGUUACAUCAGCAGGCAUUCCUCAGGACCAGACUUCCAGCUCCUGUGGAGCUGUGCCUGCAGUUUGAUGAGUUUGGUUAGCAACAAGAGUACAAAUCUCAUACAAGGGGUGAUCUUCUGGAUGGGGUUAGCACUUUGAAAUAAUUGGGGUUCAUAUGGCUUCCUUCUUAAAUAUCACCAUGUCAUUGCACUCUUUUAUACUUAUGAGGAUCUUUACUUCUAUGAUCAGUUCAAUAAAUCAGUGGUUUUACAAAUAUGAUCAGGAAAUUGGGUCCAAAUGUCUAGAGAAAAAAGCUUUCCUUUUAAUUUUCAUGUUUAUUAAGAAAAUAAAGAGCAAAAACAUCAUGAAUAACCUA